CACAUCAUCAUCAUCACCCCCACCCCCACCACCCAUUUCAUUAUUGCAUGUCUUGGCUUCUUUUCUUCUUCCUUCAUCUUCUUCGUCUGAACUUCUGAAGCAAUCAAUGGAGCCUUCCUUUCCCCACGGUGGCGACCCCAGCAAGCACCAGCACCACCCCCCCAAGUCCUCCAGCGAGCUCCUCUCCAGCGCCAAGCUGGUGGCGGGGGCGGCUCAGUCCACGUUCGCCCACAAGUCCGACGCGGUCGACAAGGCCAGGGUCGCCGACGCUGCCGCAGACCUCCUCGGGGCCGCCUCUCACUACGGCAAGCUCGAGGAGAAGAGCUUCGGGAAGUACGUUGACAAGGCUGAGACGUACCUCCACCAGUACCACUCUUCCCACUCCUCCCACUCGUCCACCCCCGCUGCUGCCGGAGAACACGGCCACUCUGCCCCCGCGGCCUCCCACAAGCCGUCGGAGUCAUCCGGCAGCGAAGGCGGGUACGGGGAUUACUUGAAGAUGGCUCAAGGUUUCCUCAAGAAGCACUAGUAGCGUAGAUCUAUAUAGGCGGAGCGCCGGUCCGACCUAUCGAAUAAUAUGUAUGGUUAUUUGUAUUAGCUCGAUCCUCGUACAUCAGAACUGUGGUUGAUGAAGUUUGGUGAUUUGCGGGCUCUGUCUGCGAAUAAUUAUGAUGUAAUUAAUUAAUUAAUCGAGUUUGUCGGUGGGUUUUCAAAUUUCUGAUCUGAUGAAUCGAACUGAGCAUUUGAUCCGUUUCUGUUGA